GCAGCACCUCGCGCUGCCGAUGAGGCGUCGAGCGAUGCCUCUCUUGUAUGAGCGAUACAACUCUUGCAAGAGAAAUGUAACGCUGCGUCACCGCCGCACCCCGCCGCUGUCGAAGCCGUGCCCGGACAUAACCUGGCGGCUAAAAGAACAACAACCCCCUGUGAAAGGGCGACAUGACGCCAGCUCGUAAACAAGCUGCGCCUUAACCAUUCACUUCCUGCAUUCCUCGGCAUUGAAAUAAGAGUAUUUACAUACUCGCCCGUCUCCUCACUCGGCGUGUUUUCGAUCGGGACACCAGACAAACCUAAACGCGCUGUCAGCCCGAUGGACCCUUCGCACACAUCACACGAUCUUGUUCCGGUCUGUAAUGUCGCCUGUGGGAACGGUGUCUGGGCUGUCCUGAACUGUACCGUCGGGCAGCGUCUGCGCUGUGCGGUGGUCAAUGUGACGGAGCGCCACGCCAACGACACAUCCGGCCUCGCCAUGGGUGAGGACAGGGGCAAGUAUGACUUCUACAUCGGCCUGGGGCUGGCCAUCAGCUCCAGCAUCUUCAUCGGGGGCAGCUUCAUCCUCAAGAAGAAAGGGCUGCUGAGGCUGGCGAGGAAGGGGUCGAUGCGGGCAGGCCAGGGCGGUCAUGCAUAUCUGAAAGAGUGGCUAUGGUGGGCUGGUUUACUUUCAAUGGGGGCCGGUGAAGCAGCCAACUUUGCAGCUUACGCCUUUGCUCCUGCGACUCUGGUCACCCCACUGGGAGCCCUCAGCGUGCUUGUGAGUGCGGUUCUGUCGUCCUACUUCCUGUCGGAGCGGCUGAACCUGCACGGGAAGCUGGGCUGCCUGCUCAGCAUCCUGGGCUCCACCAACAUGGUGAUUCAUGCGCCACAAGAGGAAGAGAUCAGCAGCCUUGAGCACAUGGCCAGGAAGCUGGUCGACCCAGGGUUUUUUGUCUUCGCCACCCUCGUCAUCAUCGUAGCCAUCAUCUUCAUAUUCGUCGUAGGUCCCCGCCAUGGUCAGACCAACAUCCUUGUGUAUAUCACCAUCUGCUCGGUGAUCGGGGCCCUGUCGGUGUCCUGUGUCAAAGGACUGGGCAUCGCCAUAAAGGAGGCGAUCGCUGGCAAAAACGUUGUGGGCAAGCCGCUGGCUUGGCUCCUGCUCUUGGGCCUGGUGGCCUGCGUGAGCACGCAGAUCAACUACCUGAACAAGGCUCUGGACAUAUUCAACACGUCGCUGGUGACGCCCAUCUACUAUGUGUUCUUCACCACAUCCGUGCUCACCUGCUCCGCAAUCCUCUUCAAGGAGUGGGAGCACAUGGGCACAGGCGACGUGAUUGGCACGCUCACUGGCUUCCUUACGAUCAUCGUGGGCAUCUUCCUGCUCCACGCCUUCAAAGACAUGAGCGUCAGCCUGGCCAGCCUCGCGGUGUCCAUGAGGAAGGAGGAGCGGGCCGCGCCUGCGGCCAACGGCAUGGUCUCCCACAGCACAUAUGAACUGCUACAUAACGAGUCCACAGAGGACGUGGAGGACAGAGAAAUGGGUUUGGCCUUUGAGAGCGUGUCUCGCCGAAAUGGGGCAAUGACUUCCUCGUUGGAUCAUUAAGGGACCCUCGUGACCAACCAUGGCAUUGUUGUGGCGUAUGAGAACAAUAAGACAAUCAGCUGUGUGGGAGAAGCGACUCGGACUGACCAGUGGAUUGUAUUUAAAUGUUUAAUUUGCCUUACUUUUUGCAGAAUAUGACCUGGUCAUAUUAAGUUGCAGUUAAAACUUAAUUUCAUUCCUCUGUAGCCUUGUAAAUAGUUUUUUUUUUCUUUUUUAAAGAAAUGUUUUGUUAUAUCUACAUGCAUAUUAAUGCACUGACUUACUUUCUAUAAAUCAAAAUGACGAAAGUUUUAAUAUAUCUUCUAUAGCAGGCUCUUCUGACAAGGACAUUCAAUAUGAUUUGGGUUUUUUUCGCGAUACUUGAUUAACAAAAGUUUUUGUUGGGGAGUCAUUCUGAACUUUUUUUUUGUAGCGUUUUACAUGAAAAGCUCCAAAGAGGAACCAACCGAUUUGUUACAUAUUUAUUGAAUUAAAAUGAUUUAAAACAAUUGAAUCACAAGGCACAAUGAAUAAAUGCUUAACAUGA